AUGGCUGACCAGCGGCAGCGCUCUCUCUCUACCUCUGGGGAGUCCCUGUACCACGUGUUAGGGCUGGACAAGAACGCAACCUCAGAUGACAUAAAGAAGUCUUAUCGGAAACUUGCCUUGAAGUAUCACCCCGACAAGAACCCUGAUAACCCAGAGGCCGCAGACAAAUUCAAGGAGAUCAACAACGCACAUGCGAUUCUCACCGAUGCCACAAAGAGGAACAUCUAUGACAAGUACGGCUCCCUGGGACUCUACGUGGCUGAACAGUUCGGCGAGGAGAACGUCAACACCUACUUCGUGCUCUCCAGUUGGUGGGCCAAGGCCCUCUUCGUCCUGUGCGGGCUGCUCACCUGCUGCUACUGCUGCUGCUGCCUCUGCUGCUGUUUCAACUGCUGCUGCGGGAAGUGCAAGCCCAGGCCGCCGGACGGCGAGGAGGCCGAGGUCUACGUGUCCCCCGAGGACCUGGAGGCACAGCUGCAGUCGGACGAGAGGGAGGCCACAGACACGCCCAUCGUGAUCCAGCCGGCAUCUGCCACGGAGACCACCCAGCUCACAGCCGAUUCUCACCCCAGCUACCACACCGACGGGUUUAACUAA